GCUGGCAACUGUGCGGAGCACCGGGGCCAGGAGCUCCCAACUUGUUAGCAAAUCAAGUGGCGAAGCUUUCAGAGUCAGCAACACAUCUCUGCUCUGCCCUGCCAGCCGCGGUCCAGACCCGCGUCCCAGGAGGGCCAGGUAGGGCCCACAGACCGCCCCUGGCUCCUCCUCCCGUCAUCCCCUUCCCCGCACUCCUCCAGUCCGGCCUCAUUCUCUUCUCUCUUCCCCUUUCCUCCCUCUCCCUCCACUCCUCCCUCUGUCACCCUCCCCCCACAGUCUCUGAUUUCCUCGCUCAGUCGCUCUCCUUCCACCACCGGCUCUUUCUCACUCAACUUUCCCCGGCUGUCGCUCCCCGUCCCUUGUUCUCGUGCUUCCCGCCUCUCUCAGACCCUUCUGUCUUCACCCACCCCAGGGGACUGGAGCAAAGGCCUUGGGCACUAUCCGGCCCGUGGCUGAAUGCGCGGGGCGGAGGGGCGCUGCAGGAUGCCCCUCCAGAUAUUCUGCACCAUCUCCUUCUCCAGCGAGGAAGGGCACCGGAGCAAUGGGGCCACGGGCAGAGGCGAGGAAGGUGCGGACCAGUUCCUGUAUGGUCAGGAGGAGGAGGAAGCAGAGGAGGAGGAGCGGGGAACGGCCACGGACCUGGCGGCCUUCGCGAGCGGCUGCACGCUGCAUGGAGUCAGCCACAUCUUCGUGGAGGGUGGCUUUGGUGUGCGGCAGGCCCUCUGGGCACUGGCCUUCCUGCUCUCCCUUUCCAUGUUCCUCUACCAGGUGGCCGACCGCAUCAUCUACUACCUGGAGUACCACCACGUCACGCUGCUGGACGAGCAGGACAGCACCGCGAUGACCUUCCCAGCCAUCACCUUCUGCAACGUCAAUCGCGUCCGGACGUCGCAGCUCAGCCAGGACGACCUGCUGUACAUCGCGCCCCUGGUAGAGUACGAGACCUGGAUGGAGCCAGGCUUCCCGGUGGCCCAGCCCAACCCAGAGACUUUUGAGGAGCCCCUGAACCUGCGCGCCUUCUACAGCCGCACCAGCCACCAGCUGGAGGACAUGCUGCUGAGCUGCAGCUACCGGGGCAUCGAGUGCAGCUUGGAGGACUUCUCCGUGGUCUUCACGCGCUACGGGAAGUGCUACACCUUCAACGCGGGGCAGGACGGGAAGUCCCCCCUCAUCACCGUGAAGGGCGGCACCGGCAAUGGCCUGGAGAUCAUGCUGGACAUCCAGCAGGACGAGUACCUGCCCAUCUGGGGCGAGACAGAUGAGACCUCCUUCGAAGCUGGGAUCAAAGUGCAAAUCCACAGCCAGGAUGAGCCGCCCUUAAUCGACCAGCUGGGGUUUGGGGUCGCACCAGGAUUUCAGACCUUUGUGUCCUGCCAGGAGCAGCGGCUUAUCUACCUGCCCCCGCCCUGGGGCGACUGCAAGGCCAUCACCGGUGAUUCCGAGUUCUUCGAUACCUACAGCAUCACGGCCUGUCGCAUCGACUGCGAGACCCGCUACCUGGUGGAGAACUGCAACUGCCGCAUGGUGCAUAUGCCUGGCGAUGCUCCCUACUGCACCCCCGAGCAGUACAAGGAGUGCGCCGACCCGGCCCUAGAUUUCCUGGUGGAGAAGGACAACAAUUACUGCAUCUGCGAGAUGCCCUGCAACGUGACCCGCUACGGCAAGGAGCUGUCCAUGGUGAAGAUUCCCAGCAAGGCCUCGGCAAAGUACCUGGCCAAGAAGUACAACAAGUCAGAACAGUACAUCGGAGAGAACAUACUGGUGCUGGACAUCUUCUUUGAAGCCCUGAACUACGAGACCAUCGAGCAGAAGAAAGCCUAUGAGGUGGCUGGCUUGCUGGGUGACAUUGGUGGGCAGAUGGGGCUGUUUAUUGGGGCCAGUAUCCUGACUGUGCUAGAGCUGGUUGAUUAUGUGUAUGAGGUUAUAAAGCACAAGCUGUGUCGCCGGGGCAAGUGCCGAAAGAACCACAGAAGGAACAACGCGGACCAGGGCGUUGCUCUGAGCAUGGAUGAUGUGAAGCGCCACAACCCCUGCGAGAGCAUAAGGGGCCACCCAGCAGGCAUGACGUACGCAGCCAACAUCCUACCUCACCACUCAGCCCGGGGCACUUUUGAGGACUUCACCUGCUGACUCGACGUCUGGAUGUACAACCAACACUACCAAAGCCCUCUGGAGAGCUGCCCCUCUCCCCGGGAGCGUCAGCAGAGGGGACACACCUAGGGACCUUGCUCCUAGCCACGGUGGGACACGGACAAGAACGAUGGCCUCGGUGCUGGGCCAGGCAGCAGAUGGUUGUGUUGGGUUGGUUUCUGACCCUGGAUAUGGACUCCACAGCAGCUGCUCCCCUCCCCACCCCUAGUUUAGAGACUUGGACAUGCCAGCCCAGCUACGCCGUGCCGUGACGCGACACUGGGGACGUCUCUUCCUCGGCGCCCUGCAGGGAGCUACCGCAUGCUGGGCUGGGCCCAGGCCUUGCCCUGCUCCUGCCCUCGCCUCCCCCUUCGUUUUUAACUAAAGAGAGCAAGGAACCCAGAAGCCAGGAAGAGUUAGCUCUGUGGCUGUGACGGCACCAAGGGAGGAGGCCCUCGCCCUUCCCCACUCGUCCAUCUGUCUGCCUGCUUUCCCUUCCAUCCUGCUUCCACGGGGAGCCCUGGGAGGCCAGGUCGGGUGUAGGGAACCUGGUCCCUCUGCUUGAGCUGAGCCAGCUCUGCAGAGGACCCUGCUCCCACCCAGGAGGCAGCCCCCGUGUGUGCUGGGCUGGGUCCCCCCUGCUUCGGCAGGAUGCUCCAGGUUGUCACCCCUGGGGCAGGUGGAAGAGGGUGGCGAGAGCUGACCCCCGAGCGCCUCUGCUGCCUCCUGGGCACAGCCAGAGCGCUCUUGCUCUCGCAUCAGCCCCAGUGUAUCUCACUGUAUCUCGCUGAGUCUAGGGUCCUCAGGAGCCUGCCGCCAUAAGAAGGGCUCUGUCCUGUGCCCAGCGCGCCCGCUGUCCUCCACUGCACCCGUGCACGGUGCUGUGAGCUGAGGCGAGGUCACGCCAGCUCCCUCCGUGAGCUAGUGUAGCUCUAGUCCUCCUAUUGCCAUCCUCCGCAUGAGCUGCCCUGCCCCAGCCCCAUGAGGUCUCUGUCCCCAGUCCCCUUUCCUAAAGCAUCCACGAUGUAGAGGGUUGAGGCCCCCUCCCGGCCUCCACUGUGGCUGGCCCCAGGGGUGGAGGAGGACUUUCCAAAGAACCCGAGGGGCCUCAGGCCGCUCUGCCCUCAAGCAGCCCCCAGGUGGAUGGGAAGUCGCUGCGGAAGGGGCCUCUCCCCUGCCUGACGAGCCACCUGCAUGGGGGCGAGCGCAUUGGGUGGGCAGGGGAUGUGGGGCCUGACCACAUCUCCGGGAUGCCCGUUACCGUGCAGGCAGUGGUGGUCCGGGGGGAGCCUGCCCAGUAGCAUGGCCUCUCAGCCCAGCUGCUCCCAGGCUGCCCCUCAGCCCCUGGACCAGCUGGACACAGGUGUGACGCCUCCCCCCCCCACAAGGCCCUGGUUCAGCUUUCCCAGGGCAGCCACGUGCCGGCAGGUGCCUGCCCAGAUCCUCGUCCCCGGGGGGUAUGGGGCUUUGCGCCCCUCCCGCCAGGCUACGCACAAGCCCACCACGCUCCUGGAACAGCGAGUCUGGAGCCAGGAGCGCCUGCCGCCGGGAGCGCUGGCACCCUGGACUGAGCCAAGCGCCCGGGGCAGCAGCUUUGAGCAGGGCAGGUGCUACGCACACACCCCAGCCCAGGCCUUGGCCGCCCUCCCCACACCAAGUAGUCUUACCACAGGAGGGGGGUGUUGAGGUACAGGGCUCUUUGCUCUGGGGAGGGGGCGCACACCCACCCCAUCCCUGCAGCUGGGCUCCCCCUGGGCAGCAGCUGCUCCUGGAAACACAGGGCUUGGGCUUGGUCUGCUGCAGAAGUGGCCAGCAGCUGUCCUGGGUCCGGGUCCCCUGGGGCCUUCUGCUAGCCGGCUGCCCUCAGGGGGGGUUGUGCUCAGGGAGCCAGACCCCCUCCAUAGACCACCGCUCCUUCCAGACCCACGCCAGGCUGCUGGGCUGCAGCGGUUUGUCACAAACCCGGGGGUUGCCGUCCCAGGAAACCUCAAUUGUUUUGUUCCACGGUCAAUGAAAAAGCCUUCCUGUCGCCCCCCCGACGCUGGGCUCCAGCCCUGUCGAGCUCUGCCCCAUGUUCAGCAACGGCCCUGCCGGGCUAAAGUGCUACUUAUCUUUAAGAGCUUUUGCAAUAAGUCUUUUUUUUAAUGAUGACUAUUAUUUUUUUAAUCUUUCUUUUACUUUUAUUGUUGUUAUUUCCAUGCCCUGA